AUGAGCGCUCCUACGACCGAAUCUUCCCGGAACGUUCUUGGAGAGGAAGGGGCCACUGUUUCUCAUGAUGGCGGGGGAACCAAGGAAGGAAUCGACGCUGAGCCGCCAGAACGGCAAAGGUCGCAUUCCCCUAUGUCGUACCAUAUGAGUUCGGAUGAGGAGGAAGAUUCCGUUUCUUCCGUUUCGGAAUUUGGGCUGUCUGGUUCCAUUGACGACGCUACCGUCUCGAGUGCCUAUAUCAAGAAACACACUCGAUCACUUCAAUGGAUGUAUGUGGAACUCCAGGAGAGGCAGAAUAGCUACUACCGCCUGCAAAACCUCCUCCGUCGGGACUUGGCCUUAAUUGAGGCUGCUAUCUGCAACAAGGAGCACGAGCUGGAAGAGGGGAGGGAGUGA